AGACAGGCAAUGAGGGAGAGCGAGAAAAGCAGGGAGUAGGAAAGAGAGAGAGGGAGCGAGGCAGGAGCUCAGAGCCAAAGCAGAUGUUUAUCUCCUUCAAGCAAAAGCAAAAGAGGUGAGAUGAGCGCGGCAGGGAACAGCUCGGUGUCCGUCCCUCCGCUGGGCUCUCUACAGACCCUUCUUCCCUCCCCUAGCCCCAGCCUAGCCCCUGCCCACCUGCCCAGCCCUGCCAUGCCCAUCCUGCUGGCCGUGCUGUGCAUCGUCCUGCUCUUCGCCACCUGCGCUCUCUUCCUAGCGCUCUGCAAGCCUGCCUCUCUAGAGGAGGCUCGAUACGGGCCGCGCGAGUGCAUGCCAUACCACUCCGCCGACGCCAGCGAGCCGCAGCUACGGCUCUGGAAGAGGCUGGGCUCCCUCCGGAGCUCCCUCUCCUCUUUCCGCCGCACCCGGCCCCUGUCCCUGGCACAGCGCCCCCUGCAGCGCAGGACUCGACAACAUGCCCCGCAGCAGCUCAGCCCGCGGUGUGCAGAACAGCAGCUCCAGAUCAUUGAGUCUACAAAGAUGUGACCACUGACCUCCACCAGCACGGGGGGUGUAUGUACUGCAUUACUGGGAAUGUUAGCACAUAAGAAAAAAAUGAACUAAAGAAAAUGUACAAAUGAGAGAAGUCUGUUUGAGGCAUCUAAGCUCAUCCGGUUCCCAGUAGCCGAUUGAUCUCAAAGGUUUGUCAAGUGAGGUCUUAAAGGAUCCCAAUGAUUCAACAUCAACAACAUGGCUAGGUAACCCAUUCCAUACUCUCACCACUCUCUGUGGGAAGAAGUGUCUCCUGCCCUAAGUCUAUCUCCACUUCAUUUCCAGCUGUUGGUGUAGCGAGCUGUUCUGGGACACGGUUCAAAAUGAAGAGCAUAGUGAAGUGAAUGAGAGAGAGCAGUCACCCCAGGGUGUGGAUUAUUUGCUCCAAUUCAAUAACUGGAGCACUGAUAUAUUCUAAUGCUGUAUAGAAAAGGCACAUACUGCAAAGCGAUUGUUUCUGCUGACACUAAGAUCGCUUAUUUAUUUCACAAGCAGCAAACAGGUGAAAAUGAUAACCCCUCAUAUUUCUAUAGAGGCUGACUGUCAGGAGUGUGCUUUGCGUGGUUGCUUGUUAUGGUUUAAAUCCUUGGUUUGGUACAGUAAACGUGCCCUACAGCUAGUCUCUUUGCUUAGUCCUGGAAUUUACUGCUGCGGAUAACCUGCAGUACUAAAAAGAAACAGACCGUUGUUAUAAAAGAAGAUGAUCCCUUACUUUUAAAACACUCCAUCAUAAGAUAUGCAGUGGUACUAAAAAUACACUUUGACAGUUUAGAUAGACCUUGUCAUCAAAAUGUCAAACUAAGUUUUACUUUAGUAUGACUAUUCAAGCGCUUUGUCAUCUCUUUUUGGUAAAUCUGAAUUCCCCAAAUCACUUGCGCAUUGCCACAAUGACUUUUGAUGGCACAGCAAUAGCGAUUGAUAACAGCAAGUUACGCAUCGACACAGAGAAUGGGCUUCUGCGGCACGGAUUGUGAUGGCGGCUGUCAUUCAAACAUCCCAAAUGAAACAGACUCUGUUUAAAAAUGCGUUCUUGUCUUUUGUCUAAUUUCUUGCACUUCUCUUUUUUUCUCUUCACCGUUUCACUCUAGCUUGUUAUUGGAAGAUAUUAUUUUGUAACCUUUUUAAUUUUAAUUUUUUAAUAAAAUUGUUUUUAGGUG